GGGAUGAAGGAAAAAAAUUCAAAGGGGGGCGAAAAACAGAUAAGGUCAUUUUUGCUGUCAGUUAGGUUUUUAUACAUUUUUGAUAGCUAGUUUGAGUCUACCUAGCUAGCUACGUUUUUGGAAAAUGUUACCACAAUGAAGAACGUUAGCUAGCCAAAUUUGGCGUUUUAGCUGGGCUAAAUGUAAUAUAAAUGGCUAGCUAUCCAUUUUAGCCAGCUAGCUAACGUUACAGCUAGCGGGUAAGCCAUAUUUAGCUAGCUUGCAAAAGCAACACACGAGAUAGCUAGCUUGCUAUCCUAGCUAAAUAAUAAAAAGAUUUAAGGAUUAUUUUGCGGCUUUUAUCUUUUUCUUAAAUCCCUGUUGUGGUUUGCCUUUUGACAACUAGUUACUCCUUUAGUUAGCUGAUGGACAGUUUCACAGACGUUCUUUGUCACUUCUCGGGCGUUUUAAGGUAACGUUAUUGGUUCUGGGGCGGCUAGGCGAAGCAGGAGACUGUACAGAUGUGGCAGCCAAGUUUGUCCCCUUGUCUCCGAGACCUGGGUUGGUAAGCACACGGCAAUUUAGAUGCGUUGGAGUUGAUGCUACAGCCAACUACAACAUUUGGCAAGAAAUGUAUUGUUCGUUUUUGGAGAGAAACGCAAAAUAGCUAGCUAAGUUAGUUAUCCAGAUGACUGUCAAGUGUUAAGCUAGCAAAUUCAGCUGUCGUCGCUGGCUAGUUGCUGUCGAGUUUAGCAGAGCUAACUGGGCCCUAUUAUCUAUAUUUGUGUCUGCUUCAACUAUAUUAACUCAAACUUGACAGUUGCACGAGACUUGCAGGCUGUGAAAUAUUCGGUGUAGCUGCUGCCAAUGCUACAGUAGCUCGCACACAGGCGUCUUCGAAGGAGGGCAAACUUAAUCGUAGGUAACUGACUACAUUUGUUGCAUCCACAACACUCAUUUGUUUUUACCACAGGACUGUCCAUUCUGAUUUACAAAAGGGAUCAGAACAAUUAUUUGCUACUAAGUGUGAGGCGUGGGCGCCCCAUUCAAGUCGGGCUUUUAAAUACUGCGGUGAUGACUUUAGAAUCCAUGAUGGCUUGUUGCCUGAGCGAGGAGGCGAAGGAGUCCAAACGAAUCAACGCCGAGAUCGAUAAGCAGCUUCGCCGAGACAAGCGAGACGCGAGGAGGGAACUCAAACUGCUUUUAUUGGGCACUGGCGAGAGUGGCAAGAGCACAUUCAUCAAACAGAUGCGCAUCAUCCAUGGGACGGGCUACACUGACGAGGACAAAAGAGGCUUCACCAAGCUGGUGUACCAGAACAUCUUCACCUCCAUGCAGUCCAUGAUCCGGGCCUCCGAGACCCUCAAGAUCCAGUACAAGUAUGAACAGAACAAGUCCAAUGCACUGCUCGUGCGAGAAGUGGACGUGGAGAAGGUGUGUUCCUUCGAACAGCCCUACAUCAGUGCAAUAAAGAUGCUUUGGACAGACCCUGGCAUCCAGGAGGCCUAUGACCGCAGACGCGAAUAUCAGCUCUCGGACUCAACCAAAUAUUACCUUAGAGAUUUAGAGCGAAUAGCGACCAAGGGGUACGUGCCCACUCAGCAGGAUGUGCUGCGGGUUCGAGUGCCCACUACUGGCAUCAUUGAGUACCCUUUUGACCUGGAGAAUGUAAUCUUCAGGAUGGUGGAUGUAGGGGGUCAGAGGUCAGAGAGGAGGAAGUGGAUCCACUGCUUUGAGAACGUCACGUCCAUCAUGUUCCUGGUUGCCCUCAGCGAGUACGACCAGGUUCUGGUGGAGUCUGACAACGAGAAUCGGAUGGAGGAGAGCAAGGCUCUGUUCCGGACCAUCAUCACAUAUCCCUGGUUCCAGAACUCCUCCGUCAUCCUGUUCCUCAACAAGAAGGACCUAUUGGAGGAGAAGAUCACUUACUCCCACCUGGUCGACUACUUCCCCGAGUUUGAUGGGCCCCAGAGAGACGCUCAGGCGGGCCGGGAGUUUAUCCUAAAGAUGUUUGUGGACCUGAACCCUGACAGCGACAAGAUCAUCUACUCCCACUUCACCUGCGCCACAGACACAGAGAACAUCCGCUUUGUGUUCGCUGCCGUCAAAGACACCAUCCUGCAGCUCAACCUGAAGGAGUACAACCUGGUGUGAGAGAGAGAAAUUGAGAGAAACCGGCAGCCCACGCAGAGUACACAUCUACACACACACACCAACAAAUGAAACAGUACACACACUAACACACACACCUGCACUAACACACACACAUGCAGACACAUUCACCAACAUGCAUUUACACACACACACACACACACACACACACACACACACACACAAACACUCGAUCACACAUGCGUAAUAUAUUCCAGGUUCUAUUCACCCCUGGUCCCAACAUCAUCCUGCUUCUUGUCUAUGGUUUAAUUGGAUGUGUUUUUCCAGCUCCAGUCAUUUCCCCCCACUCCUCUCUUCCCUGCCCACUGCAGCCUGACAUCCCUCCUAAUGUCACCCGCGCACACAAACACCUAUAUAUUUAUAAUAUAUAUAUAUACUCGGAGGCUGCUCUGACUUGACUUGGUGGUUGACAGCUCUCAUUUGUCACCUGGUUUGGCUUGCGUAUCUGGGUCACCCCUGUUAAAGGAGGGGGGCUUGGGGGUGGGUGGGUAGGUAGGUAGAGGUCUGUUUUGAUUUGGUGGCUUGGAUGCUGGUGUGAUUUAAAGGAAGGAGAGAUGAGCUGAGGUGUAGGAAAGCAGGAAAAUGCCAGUGUCCCCCCUUCACAGUCAGCAGGGUCUGUCUGCGGGAUGGGGGGGACUGGGCACCCACCAGUCUGCAGGGGGUUGUGGGUAACUGCAUAGAAUAUCGUUGGAGCAGGUGCGGGUGGUGCUGAGGAAGCUCAACUCUACAUGGUCUUUGAGGUGUGUUUUUUCCAAACCUCACGCUAGGCUAGAAGUCACCUUGCACUGUUGAAUGUAAAAAGUGUGUGUUACAAUCAAGUGGAUGCUCACACAGACAGAGCAAGGGUGGGAGAGAUGAAGUAAAUUGAUCUGUGUAUAUUAAGAAUUAUUUUAGGUGAGUUUAUUGACUAUUACUAUUGCUACUACCGCUUUCCCGAUGAAGAUGUUAAUUGAAGAUGAACAAGACCGCAGUGUUUCUCAUUUCCAAGAGGAAAGUCACAAUUAUCCAAUAGAGGAUGUAACCUACAUGUUUGGAGACUCUUAGUUUCCUCAAUCCACUGCUCCCCGUCCCUUAGACAAAAAAUCAUUUAAAUUUUUCACAGAACCACUUGUUGAAUUGGCAGCAUCUUGUAACAUUCUAAAACUAAAACGACAAUAUGAAUAAACUGCAGCACUAUUUAUAUUUAAUUUGUCAUGAUUUUUACUCCUUAAAAUGCUGUACCAUUUGCCAAAUGUAUUAUGUUUUGUUUGCUGUAGAUACAAUCAAGUUGCCAGUAUCAGUUACAUCCCCCAAGACUGUUCAGAUACAAUGAACAAAACCAACUUGUUGGGGAAUGGGGUGAUGGAGAUGACUGAAACGAAAUGUGUAUAUUUACAUGUGUGUCUUCUCUCAUAGUUGCAUUGAAAAGUUUGGGACAUUAAUUUAGGCCAAACUAAUUUAUAUUUGCCGUACUAUACAGUUUCUUUUGGACAAUUGCCUAAUUAAUUACAAUUGUUUGAUACUGUUUCUGUGAAUUUUUUUACAUUUUGGUUAUCUUCCAAUGAAGGUAAACAACUUGCUGUACUUGUGCAGAUGACAUAAAGGAGCAAUAGUUUGUUGUAAUAAAGAAAUCUUUAGUGCUGCCAGUUAACUUAAGUCACAAGUUGGUCCUCCACCCGGUGUCAGUACAGCUUCUCUUUGUUAAAGGUAUUGGAUAUUUUUUCCCUAUUUGGCCAAUAUUUUGAGAAAUGGUAGUGAUAAAUAAGAGUAAGUCUUUUUUUUAUUUGUUUAAUUUAUGGACCAGAGCUCUAGAUGUUGUUCAUCUGACUCUUCUUCCCUGCUUCCAUCUAGAAGUGUCUCCAUCAGAUGGGAGACUGGGAGAGACGGGGUCCAUACUGCUGUAAAAAAAAAAAAAGAUUUUAUUGGCAAGUGAUCUACCUUUAGAGACAUCAUACUUGGUAGUUGCAGUUAUAUUCUGUUUCAAUUUUGAAAUGCUUGAGAAUGGGAAGAUUCUUUUCUGUUUUGGGUUGGUGCAUUAUGCAAAUAGAAAAAAAGAAACUCAUCAGUGGUUGAAUUUAACUGGUCUGUGCUUGCAUUUUUGUAAUUUAAGAUUUUAGUUUGGUAUUGGUUUUAAUCCCAUAUCUUGUCUUUUGCUUGAUAGUUAAGAUUCCAUAGCUAACAAUAUGUCGAUAGGUUGCUAUUUUGUCUUCAACGUAAUUCAGGUGAGUUUUCAUAACUUUUCAUUAUAAGGGCUACUACUAGCAAAGUUGACAGAUAAUUAAAGGACUCUAUGGGUGAUAUAGAGCAAUAGGUGCAAUUAAAGUGGGUGUUAUGAAUCAGGGAGCCAGUGUUGGGGUGUGUUGAUGCCAAGGGGAAGGCCAUUGCCACAGGUUGAGUGCAAACUGUCCAGGGAUGCCAAUUGGUGAUCAUUGGAGGAUGAAUUCUGCUGGCUAUUUGCCUGUGAACUUUGACCAGCCCGUUUGGGCCCGAGCAGAGCCUAGUAAAAUCACAAGGGGAUUGCAUAGCUGCCUGCCUCAGCCAAUCUUUAGUGUGCUCUUCCGUUCCCACCUGCCAUUCAUGUCUUCAGCUUGGCUUUAGUCCAUUGUUGUGGAUGGUUUGUGUUUUAUGUGCCCUACUAGUCAUGUUUCUAUGCUUGACAUUUAUAUACUAAGAAAGACCAUGACUGGAAGACGUAUGAUUGCCACAGUGCUAUUUGCACUCCAGAGAGCGUAGGGUGAGAGCGGUUAGGUGAAACUUAACACUUUAGAGAGUUAUCAUGAUGACAGACUUGUUUUUCAUAUCUUGUAUUUUUGGUGCCAAAAAUAAUGGCCAAAUUGAGUGCAGGGUGCCCAAAUAUUUUUCACAUUCUACUGUACAUGGCAAGCACUUACCCUGCAAAGUGAAGUUUGUGCUCUGUUUAAGAUCUUGCUGUGUGUUUACAAUUACAUUGAAUUGCAACCUAAGAAUGUUUUGCCCAUAAUGUUGGCUUGGGUAUACUCUUCAGUCCCCCUUAACUAAUGUCCACUGUAUACUAGCCUGGCUGAAAGGUCCAACUUUUACCUUUCCUCUACAUUGUCUCUACGUCAGUUGUUAAAUGGUUUGUGCAAUUCAUGGAAAUAUCUAUAAAUGUUGUUUUCAUUGAAGGUGGAAAAGUAUUACCUUUUUUUGGACUUAGUUUAAUUAAGUGCCACAGUGUUUUAAAAAUGUUGAAACAUGUUGGACAUUUUGUAAUAACUUGUCAUUUGGCCAACCCACGGUGGAUGUGGCCUUGUCGUGAAGGCAGCUUGCGAGUUGUCAGGGAUGUUUGGUGUUGCACAACUUGUAUUUGAAGGCCUUUCUUUGUUAAUUAAUGGUCCCACACCUAAUACUUUAUAUACCACAUUAUUUGUGAACUGUACAUAAGAAGCAGAAAUAUGAAUGCUUCCUGUGCAACUGCAGAUGAGGUUUUCAACUAAAUUUGAAAUUUUGUCGUGAUUGCAUAUGUCUGAACGGAUGUUUUUGGUUUAACUUGUUGAGCUUGUAGGCAAGUUUUCAUUUCUCUCAGGAGUACGAAGGUCUCUUGCCAGGGCAGGCUGGACUGAGAUGUUGCCAGUGGUACUUCAGAUCACGACCAACAAGGCAGCUUGUUUUUGAAUUGUUUUAGAGUGGUUACUGCUUCUCUGCUGCUCUGUUACCUCAAGAAGCACACUCCCUUUGACCUGUGGUUUACUUGCUUAGGUAGAGUAGGGUUUAGUUCUACACAUGACACUCAUGCUGGGCUCUCUUCAUGCUUGUAACCCCCCAGUGGUUUUGCAUUAAUUUAGUUACAUUGUACACCUUUUGCGCUCUUUACUGUUUGCGCUCUUUACUGUAGGUAUCUGCAUCAGCUUGUGAUCCAGUGGUUUUGAGGUGUAUGAUGUGCUGUGUGGUUGCUUCGCUCCAAAAAACACUCUACGAAUGUCUGGCGCAGGCCUCCCUCCCUGCUGUUGGCAGAUAUGAGAAUGCUACCAUGGGUUUUCUGGGCAUACAGUCAGUGUCAGUUUAAACCAAGUACAUUGGUUUUCUCCACAUGUGGACUAUGGACAGUGUAUGUAGCUGUGUUAUGUGCACCCUCUACAGCACGCUAAUUGAACAUCACAAUAACUAGUAAGAGAACAUGAAAGAAGUACUGUCGUCACUAAAACCAGCACAGUGGGGAUUGAGGAAGGGAUACACUACUAGAGGCAAGUCCAUGCCAUAGACUGACUAGCACUACAGUAUAUACAAACAGUUGCCACCAUUUUUCCAUACAGUUCAUUUUGAAAUAAGCCUGUUAAACUUUAUUUAUUGUAAUGCUUUGCCAAGUGAAGGUACCGAAGGGGUAAUAUACUGUAGCAGUUGGAUUCAUUGUUGAAUGAAUGAAUAUGGUGUUUUUUUAGAAUAUCAGCUGUUGUCUCCUCUUACUUGAUCUUUAAUCCUUUCUUUCUCCCGGGUCAAUGCACUGAACCUGCGCUGCAGCAAUGGGACUUCCUGCAUUCAUGCAACUUACAUGUUCAUUCAAGCACGUUUUGUUGGUACUAUGAGAUGUGUAAACACUUUUGAUGGUUAAUGCUUUUUCUUGAGAUCCAUACUGAUGUGAUGGAUGCACAGAAAUGCUAAAAGCUAUCAUUGCAUCUUUUUGUUUCUUUUGUAAGGCUGAUGCAUUACCUGAACUCUUGUAUUUAGGAGCACUUAAUAUGAUAGAUUUUUAAAUAAGAGGUUAAAUAAACUUUGUGUAGUGGUGUAUAAAUUGAAAGUAAUGUCUUUUUUUCUUAAGUAUACCAAAUGUAAAUUAUGUACAAUAAUGAAUGUGCCAAUCCCCUUUCUUUGUAGAGCCAGACUCUUAACAAGUGCCAAUGUUGUGAAAAAUCAUAAUAAGGACCUAUGUAUUUCAUGGUCCACUUUUUAAAACAAAUAAACACUAAGUAUGUGAUUUAAGAUUAAUAAAUAAAUGAAAAAGGUGAAUUUUAUUCUGUAUUUAAUGAUAAACUGCUGUUUUUAAAGAAAUCACAUUUUAAUUGCAUGUGUUGGUUUGGGUGGGGGGAGGGGGAGAAACUGUAUUAAUGCAAAGCCCUUCAGAAAAGGGACCUAAUGGGUAUUGAUUUUCAGUAUUUUUCUUUUGUAUGUUUCAUUUCAACCACUGUUGCCUGAACCUCAUUCAAACAUGAAAAUGAUUUUCAUAGCCUUCUCCUUUAAAGAAAAAGUAUGUUUUAAAUUGGAAUAAAAUGUGUUCCUAUACUCUG